AUGAAUAUUAUUUUGAAACUAGGGUUGGACAACAGGGGCGUGAAUAUCUCGACGGAUCCGUUCAAGACUUUGAAACCCGUAGAGUUCGACUGUAACAAGGCAUACUUGGAUGGGCUCCAUGGUGCCGCAUCGCCUCUCUUGGACGCCUUCUUCUACACCACCCAGGCUCUACAGAUGCUAGAAACGUGGUUUAACCACACGGCACUGCAACACCCCGGCAUCACCGUACGGGUACAUCACGGCAUCAACAUCAGUAACGGCUUUGCCGCCAACAUCAACAUCGCCUUUGGUGACGGCAACGGCUACCGGACGUCUUUCGCCACAGCCCCUGAUGUUGUAGGGCAUGAGAUUGGACAUUUGCUGCUCAUUAGAGACACACGACUGCUCACCCAAAGACCAACCAUCGCAAGUGCUGGCAUACGGGAAGCGUUUUCGGACUUUUUUGGCAAAACGUUGGAGUUCUACAUCUUCGGUAUGCUGGAGUGGCGACACGGUCCGUGGCUGACCAAAGACGGCACAAGUAUGCGGCCGCUGGACGCUCCCGGCAUGCAGUUCGUGGAGGAUGUGCUGCACCACACCACUGGUCACUACAACGGUGGUGUCUUCACUCGAGUCUUCUACCGCAUGGCCAAGUUCUGGGGGAUCAGAUCUACAAUGGAAGCGCUGAUGUGUGCUAAGGAUUUGAUAGGAGAUACCGAAAUGAAAACCUACUAUGACAUCUCGUGUAAGAUCAUUGAAGCCGGGUAUCACGUGGGCAUGAAGAUGCCAGUGGAACCCUUGACCACCUACCAAAAGGUCAUCGUCUCCAGUCGGCGGCGUCCGUUCUUUAGAGUGCCCAGCUCAAAAUCAAGAUACAUCCUGUAUUCGACUGACCCAAACGCGGUGAGGAUAACGGUCUCGAGGGAUCGAGAAGGUAGACGACUGCUACAAUCAGCUGGGCUGGGCAGGAUCAAAAUUCGCGGCGACCUGUCGAAAGAGAACUCACCAGUCUUCGUUCAUUUCUCGACCGGAGUUUUAGCCAAUAAAUUAGUCAAAAUUUUUGUAAGUCACGAAGAUUGACGGCCGGAUCAAGAUUGUAGUCGGAUUAUAAA